AUGAGGACCUAUCGUGAGCUUUCCAUCAAGUACCACCCAGACAAGAAUCCCGAGUCCGCCGAGCUCUUCGGUAGGAUCCGAGAUGCCUAUGAGAUCUUGAGCGAUCCAGUGAAGAUGCUCCUCUAUGACACAGGUGGCAUGGAUCUCGUGAAGAAGUACGAGAAGGAUGGAGACGGCGAGAUCGAGCGGGUGGAUAACUUCGAGGUGAACCACGAGAUUAGUUUGGAGGAGGCCUACAAGGGAGGCGAGAAGGAGAUUACGGUGAACCGCCGCGUGGUUUGCAGGUCUUGCCGUUUGCGGCCCGAGUUGCCGCGCUGCCGCAAGUGCCAAGCCUGCCCCGGAGAGCGGCGGCAGCGACAGGUUUGGAUGGAUCAGUGGCAUUAUCGUAUCGAGGAGUACGAGGUGCCCAGCGACGAGCGCUGCACCUGGGAUCGACAGAAGUUGAAGUUGCAGAUCGAGCGCGGCACCAUGUGGGGGCCCAGAAUGGAGGUGCGAAAGAGUCCAGUCUUCAAACGUUUGGGCGACGAUCUCAUGGCCGAUGUGCACGUGAGCCUUUCCGAGGCCACGGCCGGACCGGACGCGUUGCUGGGCUUUGAGCGUCAGCUCGUCCACCUCGACGGACAUGUGGUGCGAUUCAGCAUGCCGCGAGGGGACGCCAGGGGCACCCAAGGGAACGAAGUCUUGAAGCCGGGAUCAGCCUUGCAGAUCGAGGGUGAGGGGAUGCCCCACAAGGAGGAGAAGACGAGAAAGGGGACGAUAUUCGAAACAGGGCCAAAGUGGAUGAACGCAAAUCCAAAGGUUGGCCGUAAGAUCUUGCAAUAUGCCUUUGAGGGGUUGGGCGGGCGGCAGUUCAUCAUCUCCGAGCUCUCAUCCCAAGCUGCUGUAAAAGGAUCCAAGGCCAUCCCUUUUGAAGAUAAGGAGGAUGAGGACAUUGACGCGGCCUUAUCCAAGCUGCCGGGCCAGGCCGAUUCGCUGGUUCUACUGGAGGGCAAGACCGAGACGAGUCCGUCGACGAAUCCGUCGAACUUCCUGGCCUUCGGAGAGGCCGCUUUCCUCGGCGUUCCGCUGAGCGCGUUGUCGCGGGCAGCGCGGCCGCCACGCACGGGCCGAGCGAAGGUCUUUCGCCGAGCUGACUUGCAGUCCGUCCUGGACGCGGAGGAGCGUCGAUGCCUGGAGCGCUUCGCGCGCGAGGCGCAGCUGGCCGUGGGCCUCGCCGGAGAGGUACAGGAGCAGGAACGGCUCCUGGCCUUCCUUGAAGCUGGACGUCACUUCAGAGGCUGUUCAAGCAACUUUAUGCGGAACUUCUGGGACGACGCAGCGCUCCAGCUGUUGGCGCCUCACGAUGCCCUUGGCCAGGGAGUGCACUUGGUGCUCUCAGGGCGCCUCGCCCUUGUGGCACCUGACGGGGUGCUGCUGCGCUACGCGGGACCGGGUGAAGUGCUACUGGUGGUGCCUGGGGCCAACACCACGGUCUCCGCGCGGAAAGGCCCAGUGCUGUGUGCCUGCGUCGCUUUGCCCGGGCCAAGCGAGCCCAACAGCGACGACCUGGAGAUCUGGUGGCGGAAUGUGGAUCAGCUUGUCCUCGAGGAGAAGGAAGCAUUGGAGGAGCGUCGCACGUGGGUCCGCCAGGUGGCGCUGCCCGCCUUGAGUGCCACGCAGCUCUUGGCCGGUUGCCCCGAGGAGUUCCUCCAGCGCCUGGCGGGGCAGCUCACAGAGGAAACCUUCCAGGAGUAUGAGGAGAUCGUGCAGUGCAACAGUGAGGGCAACUCGAUGCUGGUCGUGUUGGAGGGCCUGGUCGAACUCCGUGCCAGAUCGGGGAAACAGAUUGGCUGUGUGGGUCCGACUGCACACUUUGGGGAGCCAGAGGCGCUGCAGUUGUUGCCGAAGCGCACCAUCACCGCUACAGCGCUCAGCCCUUGUCGCAUCAUGCCAAUCUCUUCUGAGGUCCUGCUGGAUGCCUUGAAAGACUCCAGCACACCUGCGGCCCUUCGUGAGGGCUUCCAGCAGCUGGUGGCGAAUCGCAGGAAGCAGGUCCAGGAACAUCUCCCCUUGAGCAGCCUCAUGCGGCUGAAAUGCAACGAAGAGGAGCGCGUGGACCGUGCGGCGGAACGAAGGAACUGGCUCCCAUUCAAGGAUGCCGGCGCGAACCUCCUUGCGUUGCGUGCCGAGCGUCUGCCUUUGGAGCCCAAUGAUGGAUGGCUCCCCACGCCCGAUGGCGACCCCAAUGGUCCGCGGUUCUCGUUGGUCUUGCGCGGGCGGGUGCAGCUGGAGCUCACUGGUAAUGGACAGCCAGUGGAGGUGCACGUGAGGACUGGAUCAGUGCUAGCAGAAGGCAUGCUGGCGCAGAGGGGCGCAACCUUGCGAGCGCUCUCCGCCGAUUGCGAGGUCUAUCGCCUUUGGCAGUAUGACCUCCUCCAAGCUGCCUUCAUCAGCAACCAGGCGCCGGACUGGUUCUACCAGUUGCGAGUCUUGGAGCAAGACACCAGACGCUGGUUGCAGUGCCGCUUGACGAAUGCCCGUGGCUUACUCCAACAGCGUGGGCGCCACCCUGCGGAUGACCUGAUCCGCGGCUGGGCAAAGAAGAAACAGGAAAAUCUGAGGCGAGCACAAGAGCGGCAGGAGCAGUUCGCCGAGAACUACUUGGGGCCAAAGCUGCCCCUGCUGCCGCCCAAGAAAUUGGGUACAACGGCCUUUCGGAGCUGGGGCGACCUGCCGAAGCCCACGUUGAAGCCCAGCAAGGGGCCUGGUCCCAGCCCCAGCGCCUUCCGCGCCUUGCGCUUGGUGCACUCGGAACCCAAGCUCCGAUGAGGUGAUGAACCCCUAGCGGCUGCUGCUGUGUGCAGUGAUAGCCAACCAUGACCAAGCGGCCGUGAUCCAGGCAGUUGUUGACCAUCCUCGAAUUUCCUUCAAUGUGAUGAAACCGCCACGUUUCACCGAAUUCGUCUCGCCAUGCGGCAAGGGUUUUCUGCAGGUCGGGCCCAGCCGUUGUUUUGGGAAUCCCGGCC